AUGUCCAUUCUGCUGAGCUGCUCGGGUUGGAGUAUUUGUUCAGACAUUGCCGACGAUGGACCCAGUCCAGAGGAGGAGGUGGUUCAGCCUGGGCAGCUUGAUCCAGAUGAAGCUGAUGAGGCAUACCAGAGUGACGUAGAAGUGGACAAGGGUGUCCUGGAUGCCGAUCUGCCCCACAUCACUCUUACCAGUGACGAAACCUCCACUGUUCACCCUCCAGCCUUUGAGGAUGCCUGCAGUUCAAACCCUCUCCCUGGUUUUAAAGAACUAGAAUCAUUCUGCUCUGUGCUGGUUGAGAUUAGCCUAAUUGAAGACAAGCUGUCGCUUACCACUGACCAGAGAAACAGGGUUCUCGAAGCCUGGAAUGCAGUGGAGGAGCAUGACAAACAGCCACAGCAGUUCAACCAGAUGUACAGAACACACUGGGGCAAUACCCUCUACUGUCGCACCAAAAGGGACGAUCUUGUUGAGGCUGCUGUGGUACAGAGGAUGAAGAUGGCCAAGCGCUAUGCACCGGCACAACAGGACAUCAGUGCUCAGAAGAACAGGCUGAUGUACACCCUGGUGAAACUGUUGUGGUUGCAAUUACCUCAAGGUUCUCGCACCAGCCCUGAGAAGAGUACCAUCUUAAAGGCGUACGAGCGAAUUCAGCACCGGAUAUUGGCAGAGGAUCCAGUCCUGUGCAGGGCAGGAAUUCCUUUGCCAAAAAUCAACGUCAAGACCGUACGAGACUUCAUCCGUUGCCAAGAGAGAAUCCUUAACCUGCAUUCCACAAAACAGCCUUCCACCAUUACAAAGACCACCUCCAUCUCGUCUGCAGACCUUCCUCCAGCACCGCUCCAGCCGGCAGUCCUCCCACCACCAGACUACCCAAUGAUGGAAUAUGUGCCCACACCUAGCAUGGCAGGGACAAAGAGGUUAAAGGAAAGAACAGACAUUAUGACUCUCUCCCGUCCUCAUCCAACACUGCCACCACCUGCACCACUGCCACUGCUGGUAAGGAAAACACCUGCCACCUGUACCAUCACCAGACCUGUGCCUGAGUCUACUUCAGCUUCUGCAAUUGCUGGUCCACCCACAUCAGUCCCUUCGACUGUGCCCUUAAAACCUGCCACGCAGACCAGUAGCACUUCGCACAGUACGUGCAGUUCUUCACUGUGGGCGAGAGCUACACAAUACAAGCGCAAGCUGAAGGAACAGCCUUCAGAAGUAGGAGCCAGACUUUCACGAGUGCAAAAUCUCCCUGUCUGCACAAUCUGUGAUCAGCCAACCCAGGGACAUAAAAAAUACAAAAAAAAGAGCUUCUGCCCUGUAAAAAUGAUGUCCCCGUCAAGAGGUCUGAACAACAGGGUGUACGAUAGCUAUGAACAUUUCACCUCUGUUGUUGACAUGUUGGACAAUUGACCUGUAAUAAUUCUGUAAAUACAGCAUGGUUGGACUUUGUAAAUAGUUUUAAUUUAAAAGUUCUAGGUUAGUGGGAAAAAAAGGUUUAUUUGUAAAUAUGUGCAUCUUAAUAUAAAAGUUGUUGAUGGUGUUCAUUUUUAAGACUUUAUAUUCUUAAUCGUUUUAAUGCUAAAUUUGUUACCUAGAUUAGUGCUGUCUUUGUACUGUGUUUCCUGUUUUCUGCACUUAAAUCACAAUUACAGCAUGAACGCACCUACACCGCAUCUACAUUGUACAUAGUUUUAAUUUUAUGCCACUUUGUUCUUAAUCAUUCAAUGAUAGCCCUUAAAUUGUCUAAGCUUUAGCACUCUUGUGUCUUGGUAGCCUUAUAUUUAAUAUGUUCUGGAGGGAAAAAAAGCUGUGUUUGUAAAUAUGUGCAUCUUAAUGUAAAAGUUGUUGAUAGUGUUUAUUUUAAUGACUUUAAUUUCUUAAUCAUUCUAAUGCUAAUGCUUGUUCAUUUUAUUUGUGCUGUAUUGUGUACUGCGUUCCCCAUUUCAUGCACUUAAUUGAUAACUUGAUGCGGGUAGGGAAAAUUCAGUUACAUCAUGGUUGCACUGUUUAUACUGUAGUUUUAAUUUUAUGGCACUUUGUUCUUAAUCAUUCAAUGAUGGCCCUUAAAAUUGUCUACACCUUAGCACUGUUUGUGCUAACAGUUUAUUUAUGUUAUGUUAGUUUUAUGUAAAAAAAAAGCUUUGUAACUAUGUACCUCUUCAUGUAAAAAUUGUUGGUAGUGUUCAUUUUAAUGACUUUAUAUUCUUAUUAAUUCUAAUACUAAAUUUG